UCUAAAGGGGAACCCUCUAGACGGAAAAGAGUGUUUCGACGGAAUAUAUCGUCGUAUCUCCGCCGUAAUAAGCCGCAAAGUUCCGCGGAAACCAGAGAAGAGCCUAACGAAGAAGACCCACGCAACCGCAUCUUCCUUGAGAACAUCUGAACAUGGGACAAAAGAGAUGGUUGUUCUUGCUGGCAGUUUUUGCUUGUCUUCUUUCCUUUUCAUGUGGCAGAGUUCUCAAGUUCAAGAGCGAUGAUGGUCGACCUGUUUACAACCAUACACUUGCCAUAACACUUGUUGAGUAUACUUCAGCGGUCUAUAUGUCUGAUUUGUCAGAACUCUUCACUUGGACAUGCGAAAGAUGCAAUGGUUUGACAAAGGGUUUCGAGGUAAUAGAGGUUAUAGUUGACGUUGAGCACUGCUUACAGGCAUAUGUUGGGGUGGCUAAAGAUUUGAAUGCUAUCAUCAUUGCAUUUCGGGGAACUCAAGAACACAGCAUACAAAAUUGGGUCUCAGACUUGUUCUGGAAACAGCUCGAUCUAAAUUACCCUGAUAUGCCAGAUGCGAUGGUGCACCAUGGCUUUUAUAGUGCUUAUCACAAUACAACUGUACGGCCUGCGGUUUUAGAUGCAGUAAAACGAGCGAAGAAAUCCUAUGGGGCGAACCUCGAGAUCAUGGUGACUGGUCAUUCAAUGGGAGGGGCCAUGGCUUCCUUUUGUGCGUUAGACCUAGUUGUAAAUGAAGGAGAAGAAAACGUACAGGUUAUGACAUUUGGGCAACCUCGUGUUGGGAAUGCUGCUUUUUCAUCUUAUUACAGUUUGCUUGUGCCUAAUACCUUCCGAAUCAUUCAUGACCAUGAUAUAGUUCCACACCUGCCUCCUUACUAUCAUCUUUUCCCUCAAAAAACAUACCACCACUUCCCAACAGAGGUGUGGGUGACAGAACUCAAUAUUUUGAAUAUUGUUAUUUAUGGUGUGGAGAAAGUUUGUGACGACACCGGUGAAGAUCCUACAUGCAGCAGAUCGGUAAUGGGAAGUAGCAUAUCGGACCACUUAACGUACUUUGGAGUGGAGUUGAUGGGUGAGACUUGGAGACAAUGCAACAUAGUGAUGAUGAGCCAUGAGAUGGAGAGUUACAGCAGGAAAGAUUCAAAGGGUAACAUAUUCCUGUCGCGGACAGUUCCUUCCACGGAGAUAAUUGAAACAAAAAGUCUAUCCAAAACGAGAAUCUCUAGUCAAUAGGAGUUGGUUGAAAUCAGCAAGUCUUGAACAAGAAUGCUUGCUGGAAAAGGAGGUUGGGAGAUCCAGAUGUGGAUGAAGAAGACGUGUUGUUUGAUUCUUUGUUGUCGUAAAAGAAAGUGGUAUAUACAUAAUAAUCAAGACUUUUGUAAACAAGUCAGUAGGUUGAUAGCAUGUAAUUAAAAACACCAUGUUAAAUACUUACUAUGUAAAUAUGUGAAUGGAUAUCAAGUUUCUGUGGCUAAUGAAUUUCUGAAUUUCUUUUGUGUA